AUGGGAAACUUCGGCAGCACGUGUAUGCGUGAUUGGGCUCGCACAGAUGAUGCCGAGCAGCCCUUGGUUAAACUGGUACCACUUCUUUGUCCUGGGACCGCCAACGCUACUUCCCAGGUUUCCAUCGAGCGGGUCGGAGCAAACGGGCAGGAUUCUGCAGAGCCUGCAGAUUCGAACAUCGAGCUGCCGGUCAAUGGCGGUCAGCAGAUUUUCUUUCAGCAAGGCAAUACUUCGUCUGGUUCCAAAUCCAGCUGGUCCGGCAAGGGGGAUCCUGCCAACGUGCCACCUGUACCAAAUUGGUUUCAGGUGUACGACAAGAGCAAGGCUUUGCCCAAGGAGUCGCCUCGUUUUGACGAGGUCUCGACGAUGGCAACUCCACGGGAGCAGGUCGGUGGUGAGUUUCGGACCCCAGGACCCACUCCCCGAAAGGAUUUCAAGGCUCCAGGUCUGGACGAGGGCAGGCGCGAAGGUGAAAUGCACUACGACGGCACCUACCUUGGAACCAUGAAGCACGGGCGAGGGCGCUUGAAAAUGCCCAACUACGUUUACGAGGGCGAGUUUCAGAACGAUCUGAAACACGGGAUCGGUAUCCUGUCGUGGGAUGAUGGCCGGCGAUACGAAGGGGGGUUCCAGCAGGGGCAGUUCCAUGGUGCAGCGGUCAUGCAAUGGCCGGAUGGUCGCCGAUACAUCGGACAGUAUUCAGAGGACAGAAAGCACGGGGAGGGUACCUUCUCGUGGCAGGAUGGCCGAAGAUACGAAGGACAGUGGGUAGCCGGCAAGCGGCAUGGAAUUGGAACCUACACCAAUGCGAAGGGUUUCACACGUCGUGGCACCUGGCAGCUGGACAGACCCAUCAAGUGGGAGGAGGGCACGGACGCCUUGGAGGAUGCCGUGAGUGAUUUAUGGACGAAGACGAAUGGACAGAGGACGCGUCUCCCGUGGGACAGUAGCUCUGUCGUUGGGCGAGUCAUGGCUGCCGACUUAUGCUUUUUGAACGUGUUCGAAAAGUCGCUGACUGCCAUGGUGAAGGGCAUCCGUGCCCACCGUGGAAAAGAGUCGGAAUACAUCAACACCUGUAUCACCGAGAUCAAGAACGAGGUUACCUCCAAAAACAUGGCGACCAAGUCCAUGGCUGUCCUGAAGCUUGCCUACCUAAACAUGCUGGGCUACGACAUGGGCUGGGCCACGUUUGCUGUGGUGGAGGUGAUGAGCACCAGCCGUUUUGCAACUAAGCGCCCGGGGUACCUGGCAUCCAGCAUAACCUUCACUGAGCAAACCGACGUGGGACUGCUGACCAUCAAUCUUUUCAAGAAGGACUUCGGUUCCAAAAGCGAGUAUCAGACUGGGAUGGCGAUCAAUUGCUUGAGCAAUAUCUGCUCCUCAGAGAUUUCCAGGGACAUCAUCACCGACCUGCUGUCUUUGUUGAGCUCGUCUCGUGCAUAUCUGAGAAAGAAGACCGUGCUUUGUCUCUACAGGAUCUUCCUUAAGGACCCUCCAGCCCUGCGAACUUGCUUUCCCAAGCUGAAGGAGCGCUUGCAUGACGAAGACCAGGGUGUGCUUACGGCAACCGUCAACACCUUCCUAGAGCUGGCGAGGAAGAAUGCAAGGAACUACUUGUCGCUGGUUCCGCAGCUGUACCACGUUCUGGUCAACACGUCCAAUAACUGGCUCUCAAUCAAGCUGCUGAAGGUGUUUCAGCUGCUUUCACCCCUGGAGCCUCGUCUUCCAGCCAAGUUGGUGGAGCCGCUGACAAACAUUCUCAAUACCACGAAGGCCCAAAGCGUGGAAUUCGAGGCCAUUCGCUGUGUGGUCCGGUCCAUGUCUGAAGGUACGGCAAUUGUUGCCUUGGCCAUAGAGAAGCUCCAGGCAUUUCUGAACUCCUCCGAUCGCAACUUAAGGUACCUUGCAUUGUCCUUGUUCAAGGAGGUUAUCGAAAAGUUCAAGGACAAAGCGCCUGUCAGCGACUUGCACGACAAGGUCCUCACCUCCAUCGAGGAAUCCGAUGUGACAGCUCGGCACAUUGCGCUCCUGCUGCUGGACAAGAUUGUUCAUCCAUCAAAUUUUCAGGAGGCCGUGCAGCGACUCCUCGAAUUCAGCAGGAAAUCUGCCCUCAACGACGAGUUCAUCGGAACCAUACUUCGUAUGGGCGUGAGAGAUCGCUAUGCACUUGUGGAGGACUUUGCGUGGUACUUGCUGAUUCUUGGUGAGAUCAGCAGGAACAUUGAUUCGUCACACGCGGAUACCGUUGCCGAGCAAUUUGUCGACAUCUGCGUUCGUGUCCCUCAAGUGCGGCCGUACGCCGUGACGCUGGCUCUGAGCCUUCUGGAUUCUUCGUGGGCUGGAGAGAUCGAAGGCACCGAGAAAGCCUCCGUUGGACCUGUGUCCAAUGCGAUGAUUGGCGCCUGCGCCUGGACUUUGGGAGAGUACUGCGCGGAUCUGGAAGAGCCCGAGGCAAAGUUCCUUAACGGUGCGCGAUGCCUCCUCACGAGCAAGAGAAUCCAGGCAUUGGACGCCUCGAUACAGACGCGAUGUGUUUGGGCCGCAACGAAGCUCUACAUAAACGCAGCUCAUCAUGCUCCAGGGGUGGUGCUCCAGCUGCAUGAGCUUCUGAACGCCAACCUGCCGGCUUUCGUUCGCUCCACUCACGUGGAUGUUUCUGAAAGAUCUUCCCUGGUGUUGCAGAUGGCCAGCUUCUUCAAGGCAGAUGGUGAUCGCAUCACGACCGCAAGCGCUGUCCUGUCUGACCCCAUGCUGCCGGUCAAGGCCGAUGCACAGGCACAAGUUCAGCCAUCAGUGGACCUUGACGAGCCGUUCUUUGCUCAAGAAGAUGUGCAGCCAUCAUUUCUUCCUGUUCGUGCAGACCCUGCAGAUCCGUAUUCCUUGGCCUCAACAUACAAGGACGAUUUGGGUAUACUGGCAGCGCAAGAAUCAAAACCUCCUACCGGGCCAUCAACCCAAGCAUCUCAGUCGAUCUUUUACUUGGGCCAGUCCAAGGAAUCAGGGCAAGCAGCAGAAGGAGCACAGGCUGAGCCAGCUCCAGAUGUGGAGGUGAAAGAUCCUCUUGCUCAGAUGCGGGAGCGCUUGGAAGCCCAGAGAACUGCAGCACCCAAAUACCAGGUAUUGAGAGAAGAGGCUUGUGUCCCAGGUGGUCUGACCAACAGCGUUGGUCAGGUACCGUCCUCGAGUUCCACGGCAAGUGCCGUGCCAACUCCACCUGAGAAGGAGCUGACAGAACUACACGGCCGGCUGUGGACGUGUCACCGUGGGCGACACGUUGCCAUUUAUGCAUGUGUGAGAUCGCCCAAUCUCAGGAAGCAGCAGUUGCGCAUAGACCUGCGCUGCGAAAGAACUGACCUGGACGACCAACAGAUUGUCUCGGAUGUAACGAUGGGCUUCCCAGCUGGGGUCACCAUACAAGAGGCCGGCUCGACGCAGCUGGCUUUGGUGCAGGGCCCGCUACAUCAGCGAUCAGCCAAGGUGAAAGUGAUUCUCGGUACUACCCCAUUCAGAUCACCUGGCGUCAUCGCUUUGCGAUGUGAAGUGGAGUAUUCCUUGGCAUCUGAGAGUGCUGGAUCGGUUGAAAAGCAGGUUGAGCCCUUCGAGUUGCAGCUACCCGCGACAACUUUCCUCGCUCCUCAGCAGCUCACAGAGGAUGAUGUGUCCGAGUACAUGUCCCAACAUGCCGCAGAGCUAUUGAGUCACAAAGCAGUUCAGGCCAUAACCUUCGAUUCUGCUUCUUCGUUGGACUUGUCCGCUCUGGUGGGCAGGUGUGCUGGCCUCUGCCACCUCGCCGGCAUUCAGCAAGCCGUUCCUGCGCACAGCAAGGAUCUGAAGUUCAUUCUUGUGGGAGCCUGCAUGCCCACGGCUGAUGCAGAGGGUCAGCCGCCGCCAAAUGCAAAGAUUAUUUGCAUGUGCGCGGCCAUGGUGAGGGACUCCAGCCUCGAGCUCCGAGUCACAGUGAAAGCGUAUGACAAGGGUGUUGCUGAAGACAUCGGCUUACACCUGGUGAAUACGUUUCGAGAGUUGGUGGAAGGAAGGCUGAGACCAGAGACGUAG